UACAGUGCACAUUGCUUUUCAGGUUAUCUUAUGCCUAGUAUAUUGUCAUUUAUUUUUAGUUAAUUUGUGUUUGUUUUAUUUCUUUAAAGUCUUUAAAUUAAAUUGUGGCUCAAGUUUUUCUCAGAAUGGAAAGAAUGUCUCGAACUGUGAAUCCCAUCAACAAAGUUUUAUUCGAAAUGAUGGAGCGAAAGAAAACAAAUUUAUGUUUAGCUGUCGAUCUAACUAAAUCAAGCGAGAUUAUUGAUAUUGUUGAUAAAAUGGGCCCUCAUGUGGUAAUCAUCAAGAUUCAUGUAGAUAUAAUUGAAGACUUUGACCGUGAAUUCAUUGAAAAAAUGGUGACUUUGAAAAAAAAGCACGAUUUUUUAAUAUUUGAAGACAGGAAAUUCGCCGAUAUUGGAGCUACAGUUUUGAAGCAAUAUGUUGGUGGAAUAUUUCGUAUUCAAGAUUGGGCAGAUUUAGUAACAUUGCAUGUGAUUACUGGGACAACUACGAUUGAAGCUCUCAUGAAGGGUUGGACAAGCUCAGAGCCUCGAGGUGUUCUAUUGAUUGCUCAGAUGAGCCAUAAAGGUAGCUUAUUGCAUGAAGAUGGGGUGAAGAUGGCUGGUCAAAUCGCUCAACAAUACCCUACUUUUGUUUCUGGAUUCAUCAGCCAAGCAAAAGUCUCGAAUGAUCCGGGUUUCAUUCAGUUUACUCCGGGUGUGAAUAUUGGUUCAACUGGUGACGGUAUGGGCCAGCAAUAUGUCACACCAGAAGAAGCCGUAAUCAAAAGAAAUGCUGACAUAAUCAUCGUUGGUCGUGGUGUGCUACAAGCAGAAGAUCCUGUAAAAAUGUUGCUAGAAUUCAAAACCCGUGCAUACAGCUGUUAUGCCAUGAAAAAUAAAGAAAAUUAGACUUCAUUAAAGUUUAAAUAGCAUCGGAAA